UUGUUAUUCAGUUGAAACCACUUUGAACAUGUCGAAGUGGGGCCACAGGAAAGUGUUAACAGACCAGGGACUUCGGGAAAGACAUGCCUUUUUGAAGUGCUUUACACAAUGAUCUACUACUGAACCUGAAUACCUUGAAACAAAGGAGCCAUGUAAAGACGUGUCUGAUGGGAAAGUAAUCUGUCCUUGCUGAGCCUGUUUCCUAAGCAAACGAUUUCCAAGGAGGGGAGGUGACCAUGAUCUCAAUGGCUCUCCGCUCGCUCGUUUUGGUGGCUUUCAUCAUUCUGACCAUCGGUGGGAACGUGCUGGUGUGUUUGGCUGUGGGGCUCAGCCGUCGACUGUGGCGCAUCGCAAACUUCUUCGUGGUGUCUCUGGCGGUUACGGAUCUGCUGCUCGGCCUGCUGGUGUUACCCUUAUCUGCCACCGUGGAGCUGCGCAGCGGAAAAUGGUCCCUCGGAGGAGCCCUGUGUAACAUCUACAUCUCUCUGGAUGUGUUGCUCUGUGCAUCCUCCAUCCUCACCUUGAUGGCCAUCAGUGUGGACCGAUACUUAGCCAUUUCAUCUCCUCUUAGCUACUCCCGGAGAGUUACCCGUCUGAGGGUGACACUGGCCUUGAUCACCAUCUGGGCCUUGUCACUAGCAGUGUCCUUUGUGCCCAUCCACCUGGGCUGGAACACGGUGGACUACAGAGUGCAGCACUCGGACUGGGGCAUGGGGGAGGAGGACAAAGAGGGACACUACUGCCAUUUUGAAUGGAAUAAUAACUACGUCCUCCUUUAUGCCUUUGGCUCAUUUUACCUGCCUCUGCUUCUUAUGUGCGGAAUGUAUCUUUGCAUAUUCAGAGUGGCACGAGAACAGGUGAAGCGAAUUCGUGCUGCCACUCCAUCGUUUGCACGCUCAGCAUCAAAUGCAGCCAUAGCUCGGGAGCACAAAGCUACAGUGACAUUGGUAGCUGUUCUGGGGGCUUUUGUCAUCUGCUGGUUCCCCUACUUCACCAUAUUAACCUGCAUGAGCAUAAAGGAAAAGACAAACCCCCCUAAUACACUUAACUCUGUGGUGCUGUGGCUGGGCUAUUUUAACUCAGCUCUUAACCCAAUCCUGUAUCCAGCCUUCAACAGGGAUUUCCGCAGGGCCUACGCAGAGCUGCUCCGCUGCAGAGGCCCGUUUCGCAGACAACUGCAGCUCACGCGUGUGUCCGUUCAUAAACGAUUGACCUUUACUAACGUACAAAUGAUUUCCCAACAGCCUGAAAAAAGCAGUCAUAAAAACACAGAUAAUAACGGAACUGACGCAAAGAGCGUCACUCCACAGGAGAUAAAUGGUAUCCCAUCCCAUCGAGUGAGCCAAGGUGAAUUGCCAUGGACCUGUUGUUCUUCGGCUGGACCGUAAACUUGCAGCAACAUGUUAUAAACUAACAUGCUAACCAUUAACACUAUCACUCGGAUGUUAAGUAUUGUGCCAAAGAUAAUGUGUUCAACUCAAAACACAACAUUCAGCAUUUCAUCACAGCAUUUGUGUUAAUGUUCCAAAUGCAAAUUUUUCCUACUAUCAGUUUGUGUUUGAACAUUUUUUCUUUUCUUUUUUGUUUUACGACGGUUAGCUAUAUCUGACAUAUGUUUCAACUGGCUCCAACCGACCCGUCAGCUGGCCAAUAACAUUGGACACCCUCGUCUCUGCACAGCACAGCAACGCUGGGACAUUUUCAAGGACAGUCUCUCAGCCCUAUUGUAUAGUGUAUGUGGGCGUCAUUGAAAAAAGUUUGGACACCCCUGCUCUAACCCCUAGCCCCUGUUCCACGUAGCUUAGCAAUUUUUACUUUUGUUGUUAUUUUUCUUUACUUGCUUGGAAAGCGCUUUGAGCUCCAGGAAAAUCACUUUGUAAAUAACAUGUAUUAUCAAAAAUAAAAAAAUAUCAGGCACAUUUUAAUGAUAAUAAUAAUGAUUAAAUUACAAUAAGUCAUUAUAAUAAUAUAUAAAUAAUAAUUAUUAUUAUUACUUAUAAAUAUUACAAUUAUUAAAAGAUGGCCGGUAUUUUAUUGAUUACCUAUAAUUAACACCUUUGGCGCCCGCAUCGAUAAAGCAUUAUGAAAAUACAAAACUGGGUUGUAAUUUUACUAUAGCACCUUAUUCCUCAAUUUCCCUCGGGAUAAAUAAAGCUUCUUGAAUCAUGAAUCUUGAAUCUUACACAUUGUUUUUAUAAUUUCUAAUGAUAAAUGCAAUGGCAGUUUAGAGAUAGAUAAAGGAAAUCUAAAACUCAAUUAGUCAACCUGUUACAAUGAAGGUUAUACUUUAAGCAUUAUAUAAUAAGUAUAAUUGAGAUAUGCUUAACCAUGUGUUGUGAUUACCAUAAUGCAGAGUGAAUUAAUACAUUUAUGAGUAUUUAUAAAGUAUACAGUGCUAUAAGCAUAUUUUGAUGCAUUGCAAUAAGAAUAGCAAUAUAAUACAUUUUAUCUCUAAUGUGCUUUUCAAGUAUCUCAAGGGGUAAACAUAUUGAGUGUGUUCAUAAUGACUUAUAGAAAUAGGCGCCAUAGAAAGUGUUACCAAAAUAUUAUAAUGUACAGUAGUGAAAUGUCUGUUUGAAGUACAGGUGUAAAAAGCAAAAUAAAGGGCAGUCAGGACAGAGCACAGUGGAAUAAAUAGAUCACUCAGUAAGGUAUUCGCCUGGAGACACAGAUGGUUACAAAGUGUUUAAUUUCUCUCCCCCCAGCCCUGCCAAUUAAAGUAAAUAAGUGACCAGCAAGUAGUUUCUUAUGUGCAAAAUGUGUAUAUGUUUGACUUGACAUGGGCACGGUCGACCUUUAUGACUUCCUUUAUUUUUUUACAGAUUAAUUGCAACUGGACAGAACAGCUGCUGAAC